UCCCUUGGCAAUACACGGUUGUUAGCACAGAUACCCCGUUCCAGAAUCUUUUUUCGGAAGCUCAUCCGCCAUUACACCAGAGAACGCUACUACAAAAUGUCGUCGGAUCAGAUCCCCGAUAUCUACUUCGGCACUGAAGUAAUUAACAGAGUGUCAUUUCUAAGAGAAGACAGUGAGUUCAUUGGCAACAGUGUGAGUCAUCCUCUGACUCGGUUUAUCUUCUUCAACAACGUCAAUCCGUUGGUGAAUAAAUACUUGCAAAAUAAGUUGAUCAUCUUGACUAAUGGCUCCAACCAGUUGAAAUCAGAUCCCUCGCCCGACCACCAAGUGAUCAAGACUGGUUUGCUGCUGCUCCCUGAAUGGAAUGAAGCAGUUCGUACCUGGAAGGAGGACAACAAGAACAAGAAUGCCGAUUUGCGUGACAAUGGUAAACCCACAUUUUUAUUUCUCGGAAUCGAGGAUGCCAGUGUCGGUUUGGAUUUGAAAAGAUUGAAAAUUGAAGACGACGACUUAGAUACUCACUCCGAGGAUGAGAAAUAUUUGGACCACCAGGGUAGGUAUCAGGGCAUUCCGUACUAUGCUGUGGACUUGUCUAAGUCAGAGAAAUUAUCGGAAAUCAUUUUGAACUUUGUCAAUAAGGAAUUGCAGGUUUUCAGCGACGGCAAGGAAAAGAGCGAUGAAAAUUCAACCAAAAACUCGCAGCCAACUCCGUUGGAUAACGGAAUCUUCUAUACCCAUUCUAGAAGACAUUUCUUGGGCUUUACAUCAAAGGAAGCAUCCUUGUAUUCUCACGGAAGUAUGUACUUCGACUGGUUAACCAGAAACCGAUUUUGUCCUGGGUGUGGUUCCAAAGUGAUUCCCAUCCACGCAGGUGGAAAGUUAUGGUGUACUAAUGUAGCCACCAAAGAAAAUGGAAAAUCAGCAUGUCCAGUACAUAAUGCCAGCGUUUCCAACGUAUCUUUCCCUAGAACCGAUGCUGUGAUCAUCACUGCGAUUACCAAUGCCGAAAGAACCAAAAUCUUGUUGUCCCUUGGAAAGAGACACGCUGCUACCCGCAUGUAUGCCUGUACAGCCGGUUUUAUGGAGCCUUCCGAAACUGUCGAAGUUGCAACCAAGCGUGAGAUCUGGGAAGAAACCGGUGUGGUUUGCUCGAGUAUCAACCUCGUGAUGACUCAGCCUUGGCCAUUCCCAGGUAACUUGAUGAUUGGUUGUUUGGGAGUCGUUGAAUUCAAUGGAGUCAACGAAAACAUCCACUUGGGUCAUGAUAAAGAAUUGGAAGACGCCAGAUGGUUCGAUGUAGACUUCAUCAGAAAGUUCGUGUAUCCCAAUGAAGUUGCCGACGACGAUAAUUUCAACGAAGAAAACAUUUUGAUUCCUAUGGAACAAUCGGUAGCCUAUCACUUGAUCAAAAUGGUGAUUGACCAGGCUCACGAGAGAAAGGUGCAGAACGGAGGCAAGUUGUAGUAGAAUUGAUUUAGAUAGACUACAAUGGGAUUCGAGCUGGUUCUGGCGAGAAUUCCAUGGCUUGUUGUUGUGGUCCGGGACAUAUGAUGUAGAGUUGAAGAUUGCAAAAUUUUGUUGAAUCUGAAUAUAUGAGCCAAAGUGGGGCUGUCACCCGACAAAAAGUGUGGGGUGUUGUGGACGUGACCAAACUCCACCUAAAGGCGCAGAUUUCGGCGAUUUUGUGACCAAUUCUUCUUGACAAUAAUACCACCAUAUAUAUCCAUAUAGAACUAUUCCUAUGUAAUACUCAUUUAGUAGAACAUUCGCUAUACUU